AUGCCCAGCGGCUCCUCAGUCCCCGAAGCUGUUCUCACAACAUUGCCCGCCAACGUCAAGCUAGGCGCCCGCACUGAUGGUGUCGGCCCGGCUCAAUUCUGGAGCAUCAGCACGCUGAAAAAGGUUUUCUCGCCAAAGCCGCUGAAGGCAAAUUUUGUAUCUGACAUUCUCGGAAUCGACGAGGCACGUAUGUUCGGCAACAGCAGCAGCAGCAGCAGUGAAACCAGCUAUACUGCGGACCAGCGCAUAGCGGAUAUCUCCAAGUCUCACAUCAGCUGGUACUAUGAGAAAGUGUGGCAGUCGUACCCAUACCUGUACCCGCGGGUGACGUUUGAAGAUAUAAAACUGGCGCCUAAUCUAUGGUAUACCAACGGGAUGGAGAGCUUUAUAUCGACGAUGGAGACUAGUUCGUUAUCUGGGAUGAAUGUUGCCGGGUUGAUAUUGUCUGAGUGGGUUUCAAAGUUUGAGACGAAGCUGAAGAAGUUCGAGGACGGCGUUGGGCUCUAA